GAUCCUUCGCUAAGCUACUGGGCAGUGAGACACCCACCCGAGUCUCUUGUCGAGGAGAGGACAGGGUUUUAAGGUGUUAACGGAGGGGUCGCUUAUGUUGAUUCCACAAAAUGCUAAACACGCAGAGAUCUCUGUCCGAGCUGCCCAAGAUGUCCGCUGCCAGUCAGGUGGAGAGGGCAGUGCUGGAGGAGGAAUUCAACUGGCUGCUGAAAGAAGAAGUACAUGCCGUCCUAAAACAGCUCCAGGAUGUCCUUAAGGAGGCAUCUAGACGUUUCUCAAUGCCAACACCAGGCCUGGAGAGUCAGCUCAAACAGGAGAACUUCAUCCUCGGCAGCUCAACCAUGGAUCAAGUGAAGGGCGUGCUGACUUUACAGGGAGAUGCUCUGACUCAGACUGACAUAAACCUGAAGGUUGCGAAGAGCAGCCAAGUGCUACACUUUCAGUUCAGAGAAGACAAGCAAUGGAAACUGCAGCAGAUCCAGGAUGCCAGGAACCACGUGAACCAGGCUCUGCAGCUGCUGAGCAGCCGUGAUGAGAGCUACCACUUUAAGACCGGUGCUGAAGUUAACAAGCUCAUGGAUGCAGUGAUGCUCCAGCUGACACGAGCAAGAAACCGCCUCACUACCCCAGCCUCCUUGACACUCCCUGAGCUGGCCACCAGUGGUCUGAUGAAAAUGUUCACCCCUCCCAUGCCAGGAGACGUGAUGGUCAACUUUUACAUCAACUUAAGCAAACUGUGUCUGACUGUCUACCAGCUCCAUGUACUUCCUCCAAAUACCACCAAGAAUUUCAAGCCAGCUGGCAGCUCAGUGUUGCACAACCCCGGAGCAAUGUUUGAGCUCAACAACAACCGCUUUGAAGUGAGUCACGUUCAUAAGGUGGAAUGUGUGGUACCGUGGCUCAACGACACGCUGGUGUUUUUCACCAUCUCCCUGCAACUCUGUCAGCAGCUCAAGGACAAGAUUUCAGUCUUCUCCAGUUUCUGGAACUACAGACCUUUCUAAUCUUCCUCCUGUCCAUCCUCCAAUGACCGGUCAGACCCAAACUAAGCACUCCAUUACACCCUCAAGGAUGUGUAAGGGACACCCUGGGAAGAUUUUAUUUUUAUAUGUGUUUUUCAUGCAAUCAUUCAGCCUGAAAUGUUGCAUGAUUAGUCAGGAGCCAUUUAGAUCCAAACAGAUGUCAGCAUUUCCUAUACCCAGUAAACACAGCUGACCGACAUUCCUCUUAUAUAUAUAUAUAUAUAUAUGUGUGUAUUACAUCUCAGCGUACUGACUUAAACUUCUUAAUGACUGAAUGUGAUUGUUGUGCUUUACUAUUGGAAUAAUUUUUUGUUACGUUAAAGCAAUUUGGUUCUUACUAUUUAUCUAAUUUUCAGCCAAACGUUAUCAACUGUAACAACUGGAAUACUAAUUUUAACCAGUA